AUGAAAUUCCUUGUGGUGUUCGCGGCCUUCGCCGCCGUGGCUCUUGCAGCUCCCUCUUCAGAUGUCGACCGUAAGCUUUUCGAUAUUAUCGGCAACAUUAUUAACAAUCUCAGUAGACCUCCCAUUUUUGCUGGACCUGCUAUCGUCGAAGAAGAAAGCCCCAUAUCUGUUGGACCCGCUAUCGUUGAAGAAGAGAGCCCCAUCUCUGUUGGACCUGCUAUCGUCGAAGAAGAUAGCCCUAUCUCUGUUGGACCCGCUAUUGUGGAAGAAGAGAGCCCUAUUUCUGUUGGACCCGCUAUUGUCGAAGAAGAGCGCCCCAUCUCUGUUGGACCCGCUAUCGUCGAAGAAGAGAGCCCUAUCUCUGUUGGACCCGCUAUUGUCGAAGAAGAGAGCCCUAUCUCUGUUGGACCCGCCAUCGUUGAAGAGGAAAGCCCCAUCUCCGUUGGCCCUGCUAUCGUUGAUGAGUCCAUCUCUGUUGGUCCCAUUGUAGUUGACGAGAAUCCCAUCUCUGUUGGACCAAUUGUCGUUGACGAGCGUCCACCAAUCUCUGUUGGUCCCGCAAUCAUUGAAGGGGGUAGCCCUAUCAAUAUUGGCCCAGCUAUCAUUGAAGAAGAAAGUCCAAUCUCCGUUGGACCAGCCAUCGUUGAAGAAGAAAGUCCUAUCUCCGUUGGCCCAGCCAUCGUUGAAGAAGAAAGUCCCAUCUCCGUUGGACCAGCCAUCGUCGAAGAAGAAAGCCCCAUCUCCGUUGGACCAGCCAUCGUUGAAGAAGCCAAGCCAAGUCCCAUUUUCCCCUUCCCAAUUGACCUCAACUCCCCACUCGUCCAAGUUGUUGUCAACGUAAACUCAGGAUCCCCUGCCGCUGCCGCUCCGGUAGAGCACCCUGAAAUUAAGCCAACACCAGUGAUAGUCGUUGAGCAACCCGAGAUCAAGCCUACCCCAGUGAUCGUUGUGGAGCAGCCAGAGAGCUCUGAACCAAUCGUCGUAGCUCCCAUCGAAUUGCCCGAAAUCGAUCCUACCCCAGUAGAAAUCGUCGAACAGCCCGAAGUUUCUGAACCAGUCAUCAUCGCUCCCAUCGAAGUUGCACCUGUCAUCAACCUCCCUGAUGAACUGAACUAAAUA